GAGAUAUAAUCAUAUUUAUGAUUAUUAAGAUGCAAAUAUAUGUGAAUAUGGAGGCCCCACUUAAAACUACUAAUAUCAUCCUGUCUUGGACAAAUCUAAAUGUUGGAGCAUGAUCGCCUAACUUGGUGCUCAAGUGGGUACCCUCACUUAGAAAGCACUGUACCUUUUAAUCAAGCUCUUCCCCUCCCAUUUUACUCAGUAACUCCUGGCUGUGCUUGCCUCGGGAAAAUGGAAACUGGGCUGCCCCUGCUUAAUUGCCUCUUGCAGCAUACUCUGAGAAGCUUGUGCUCACCUUCAGACUUUUCCACUUCUUCUAAGUGGGUAUACGCUGUCUUCUGGAGGAUUUUGCCCCGAAACUAUCCUCCCCCAAGGUGGGAAUUUGGAGGAACUGAUCUUGAUCGAUCCAAGGGAGAUAAAAGAAACUGGAUCCUGGUUUGGGAAGAUGGAUUCUGUGAUUUUAACGAAUGCGAAAGAGCAAGGAGUGGGUACCUUGACGGAAAGUUUGGAGCUGACGUGUUCUUCAAAAUGUCACAUGAGGUCUACAGUUAUGGGGAGGGAUUGGUGGGGAGAGUGGCUGCGGACAACAGUCACAAAUGGGUACACAGAGACAGUCCAAAUGAGUCUGAACCUAGCUGCAUCGCUUCAUGGAAUGCUUCAGUUGAGCCUCGACCAAGGGCGUGGGAAUAUCAGUUCAAUUCAGGUAUUAAGACCAUUGUCGUCAUUGCAGUGAGAGAAGGCAUAGUUCAAUUGGGUUCGCUUAACAAGGUUGCGGAAGAUUUCAGUCUAGUGAUCAGCACACAGAGAAAAUUCAGCUUCCUUCAGAGCGUACCCGGCGUCUUCGCUAUUCAAAGACCAUAUCUGCCCAUCCAACAUCCUUACGUCCUCAAACCUAACAUCCAGACGAUGGAAAGCAAUGAAACGGUUCUCUCUCUGUACAAUAUGAAUCAAGUAAUUGGAGCGAAAAGGCUCAUUGACGAAACACCAAACUACGCUUCCAGGAAAUCUACCAACUUGGGCUGGAAUUCACCACAGGACGGAGCAGCAGGGCCACCCAUGUGGCCACUGCCUCCUCCCCUGCCCUCGGUGCCUAAGAAUUCCUCUGUAGUUCCUUCCUAUAAUUAUAUUACACUUCUUCAUGACGCUAGGAUUAAUGGCCCAGGCCACAGAGUGAAGGUUGAAGAGUGCGCAUUUCGCUACACUAACGGAGGUGAUCAGAACGGUUCCUUCACUUCUGAUCUAGAGUAGCAAGACAGAGUGGCAGCGGAGUUGGUAUUUGAGUCGAAAAUGACCUCAUCAAAGGCUCUUAAUUGUUUGUCCCGGUACCUGGCUUUUGCGUUUAGGUGGUUUAUCUAUGUGUCUUCAGACAUUCCAUCAUAGCGACGCCUUGUUAGCUUCCAUCUGUGAAUGUGUGUGAGUAUUAUCUGUUGCUUCUUGCAAUAUAAUCUGUGUACAAAUUUUCGCCCA